CAGUCAAAUCAAUCUGAUCUCUCUAUGUAUCUCUCAGUUCAUCUGUUUGUCCAUAUGUCUGACUGUAGGUUGAUUAUUUAUAUUUGGGCUCAUGUCCACAAUUUUUUCCUCAACAUAUUGCUUAAAACAUGAAUAUAAACACACUGACUUUUUGGGACUCGUGGAAGUGCUACACGUAGAAGAAACUUGAGGGGAGUUUUUUGGAUGCUGUCAUCCACUGCAGCCCUAAACUAGGUUUGUCUGCUUACAUUUGAUAAUGCAUAAUUGUCAUGGGUUUGAUUUGGAAUGUAAUGCACUGAUAUCCUCUCCCUUCAAAUACUGUCAGCUUGAACAUGUUUUAGGCUCUUAUAUUUCCCACUGGAUUGUACUUCUGCAAUACUGAAGGGGAGACAAUAGGGUUUUAAUACACUAGAUAGACCACACAGUGGAGCAUUGGUACACACAUAAAACCAAUGAUGUUGUUUCACUUAGUUACUGUUGGUGGUGCUGUUGCCUAAGCAGAGUGUUUGUCUAAAGUCGGCCUCAUGACAGAGACAAAAAAAAGAGUCACUGCCCGUAUGUGAAAGGAAAUAGGCGAUGAUCGUGUCCAUACGGUAGAUCCACCGAGGCUCUAGUUUGGACGGAUUCAAAUGUGUAUACUCUGGAAUAUAGACACGUCCUUUCCUAUUUCCUAAAGCUGCUGUUUUGUAUCGGAUAUUCUCCGAAAGAAAUGGAUAAUCUGAAGAGCGGAGCUCCCUUGUUUGGUUGGAAAGUCUCAUUUUUGCUUUCCUACGUCGUCGCUGCGGUCAGUGGACAAAUUCGUUAUUCUAUACCUGAAGAGAUGAGGAAAGGACUGUUUGUCGGAGAUGUCGCAAAAGACCUGGGUUUGGAUAUCAGAAGGUUGGUAUCUGGUCGGGCUCGACUAGUUAUAGAUGGAGACAACCAGUACGUUGCACUGAACCAGAACAAAGGGCACAUCGUCGUCAAUGAAAGAAUUGACAGAGAAAAGAUAUGCGCCAAAAGAUCUCCGUGCAGUUUUGGUCUAGAAAUUGUCCUCGAAGAUCCACUUGAAUUGUUUUCCAUUACCACCGAAAUACAAGAUGUAAACGAUCAUUCUCCUGCUUUUCCACAAAAAGAAAUGAAUUUGGAAAUUAGCGAGUCGACGCCCACGGGGACAGUUUUCUUGCUUGACAGCGCGGCUGAUCCUGACGUAGGAAUAAACUCACUGCAGAGUUACUCUUUAAAAGCAAACGAACACUUUGUUCUUAAACAACAUACGCGGUCAGACGGGAGUAAAUACGCUGAAAUGAUGCUCCAGAAUGCUUUGGACCGCGAGAAGCAAAGCGAGCACACCCUCAUAUUAACUGCAGUCGAUGGCGGGGAACCACAAAGGUCAGGGACGGUAAAGAUACAUAUAUCUGUUCUGGAUGCAAACGACAACGCACCCGUUUUUACACAGUCUUUGUAUAAAGCCUCUGUCUUGGAAAACGUUCUGCCAGGUACAAUCAUUGCUAGAGUGAGUGCGGUAGAUGCGGACCAAGGUUACAAUGGUAACGUUACAUAUUCUUUCACCCACCUAAAGGAGGAUUCUUCGUAUCCUUUUGAGAUAAAUUCAUACACCGGGGAGAUUAAACUUACUGGUGGCAUUGAUUACGAGGUGUUUCAAAGUUACGAAAUAAACCUUCAAGCAAAAGAUCCGUGGGGGGUAGUGGGCGCCAGCAAAUUAAUCAUCGAGAUAGCAGAUGUGAAUGAUAACAGCCCUGUAAUCACAAUGGCUUCAUAUUCGGGGAAAAUCUCGGAAGAUUCUCCUCCUGGCACAGUUGUGGGGUUGAUCAGUGUUCAAGAUAAAGAUUCUGGAAAGAAUGGACAGGUGCAUUUAACUAUAGAUGAAAAUCUCCCUUUCAAAAUUAAAUCUUCUCUCAGAAAUUAUUAUACAUUGGUCACGGAGCAAACCCUCGACCGAGAAAAGCUUUCCAGGUACAAUAUCACUCUGACUGCCACUGAUGAGGGCUUCCCUGCCUUAUCAAGCACCAGAGCUGUCGUGUUAGACGUUACUGAUAUUAAUGACAACGCUCCGGUCUUUAGCCAAAGCGUCUACCGUUCUCAGGUGAUGGAAAACAAUUCCCCAGGUGUCACUCUGCUGACGAUCCUCGCCACUGAUCCUGACCAAGGUCAGAAUGCACGCAUAUCCUAUUUUCUUACUGAUGGCGAUAUUAAUGGAAAUCCAGUGUCCACAUACUUCUCCAUCAAUGCAGAAAGUGGAGCCAUUCAGUCCCUGCGUUCACUUGACUAUGAACAAGUCAAAGAAUACCACAUACGAGUUAAAGCGCAGGAUGGAGGCUCGCCCCCACAAAGUAGUAACACAUCAAUUAUUGUGCAUGUCCAGGAUCAAAAUGACAACCCCCCUCACGUUCUGUAUCCAGUCCAGACUGGUGGCUCUCUGGUGGCCGAGAUGGUUCCUCGUUCAGCAGAUGUGGGCUAUCUGGUGACUAAAGUGGUGGCUGUUGAUGUGGACUCUGGACAGAAUGCCUGGCUCUCCUAUAAACUACAGAAAAACACAGACAGGGCGUUGUUUGAAGUUGGCUUACAGAAUGGAGAAAUCAGAACUAUACGCCAAGUGACUGAUAAAGAUGCUGUGAAACAAAGACUGACUGUUAUAGUGGAGGACAACGGGCAGCCCUCUCGUUCAGCUACAGUCAUUCUUAACGUGGCGGUGGCGGACAGCUUCCCUGAAGUGCUGUCGGAGUUCACUGACUUUCCACACGACAAGGAGUACAAUGAUAACCUGACUUUUUACUUAGUGUUGGCUCUGGCUGUAGUUUCCUUCCUCUUCAUCACGUGUUUAGUGGUUAUCAUAUCAGUGAAGAUCUACAGGUGGAGACAGUCUCGCAUCCUGUAUCACUCCAACCUCCCUGUGAUUCCAUAUUAUCCACCACGUUACUCAGACACUUUGGGAACAGGGACACUCCAACACGUGUACAAUUACGAGGUGUGCAGGACGACUGACUCCAGAAAGAGUGACUGUAGGUUCGGCACAGCUGGUAGUCAGAACGUGUUGAUAAUGGACCCCAGUUCUACAGGGACGAUGCAGCGGAUACAGAGUGAGAAGAACAUCCUGGAUGAACCAGACUCUCCUCUAGAGGUCAGUUAG